AUGGCUGCAGCAGCACAGGACCCCCUUCUACUGUUUCGACAGGCAAUCGCAUCAGGCCAAACCGUCACCCCCGUUGCUGGCGAUUCGACCGACGAGGCGCCUCUGUCACAAGCUACGGCAAUCCGAUUCGCAGACUCUACAGCUCUCCCGAUCGAGUCACCGACGCGAUUCCAGCCUGAUGAGUCCACUACGAUAGAUUUGCGCUCCAUCUACUUCGCCUGGGUCAACCGAGACCUCGCCAUCCCCGACUACAAUGCCGCGGCGACCGCGCUGAACGAGGAAUUGGCCGCCAAGGGGCUGGGAGCCACCGUCCACAAGCUCGCCUUCGUCGAGCGCGUCGACCUCAUCACAUGGCUCGAGGGUGGUGGCGAGAGCGAAUACAUCAAGAAGCUGCCAGGCGACGCAGCGCCCGCAGCGGCCGAGGCGCUUAAGAGCUCGUCUCAGCCCACCGCGUCCGCGCGCGCGGGCAAGGGUUCGCUGGACCCGAGGCUGCAGCAGAUCUACGCUGGGGAACGCAAGAUGGGGGACCGCAACACCGUUCUGAGGGGCGUGAAGCCCAUCGACUUCUCGGGCGUCCGCAAGCACACGAUGCUGUUCACGGCGAGGAAAGCGGGCCAGCCAGCGCCCGUGGCCGCCGCGGGCACGGCGCUCUCGAUCAACCAGAAGCCGGCCAAGCGGCCGGACCCUAUUAUCCUGCUGUCACCAUCGGCUUCUUCGCUCUUGCGUAUCUCCAACGUGCGCUCUUUCCUCGAGACGGGGCGGUACGAGCUGCCGGAGAGCGGAUCGACGGCGACGAUGCUCAACAUCAUGCGCGUGAUGCGCGAGAUCGACCCCAACCGCGCGAUGCGCUUCAUCCUGGUCGAGGGCCCCGAGAACUUCAAGCCCGAGUACUGGAACCGCGUGGUCGCCGUCUUCACGACGGGUCAGCCGUGGCAGUUUAAGAACUACAAGUGGAGCAACCCCAACGAGCUGUUCAAGCACGUCCUGGGCGUCCACGUCGGCUGGCGCGGCGACCAGACCCCGGAUAACAUCCGGAACUGGGGCCACCGUGUCCAGUGCUUCACCGUCGACAAGUGGAGGGACCCCGGCCUGCCUGGUGCAGAGGCUAGUCGGUUCCGUGACAGAGAAGUGGUCGAGAGCAUCUGGAAGCAGAUCGAGAUCAACAUGAGGUCCAAGGGCUGGAGGCGAGACGCGGCUCCCGCGUCUAUUUGA